CUAGGUAACGAAAGUGGUCAAUAAUGUUUAAACAACAGUUGUCACCGAGGAGCGUGCAUCCUUACCAAACCACUGUUGUGCCGAGGAGUGAACAACAGUUCGUUUCAGCAUCGCAGCAAAGAGUGAAGUUUCCGUGGGCGGAGGAUGUUAGCACUCCUGUAUACCAGGUCACGGGUACUGAUAGCUCCACCUCCGACACUGCAUACCACAUGCCUCAGUACUAUAAUAGUACUAUUAAAGAAUAUGGGCCACCUUCACCAGUAUAUCAAGCUCCUUACAGUGGUGGAACGUGGCGAAAUUACAAAAAAGGAGAAAAGGUUGACAUUGGGGGUUCUGAAGCUUAUACAUUUCCUCAAUGUGCCAGUGCAUUUUCACUGCCUAUUUGUGAUGUGGAGCCCCAUCAGGCUGUCAGUCGUUCACCAGUGCCACCAGUACCUUCCAUGAGCCCAGAAGUGCCAAUUAUAGGAGCCUGCGGUGGCCAUUGCCCUGGAUUUGAAUAUGUGUGUUAUUACAUUUUACAGGUUAUAUUUGUAGUAGGUAUACUCACUGGGAUAUCUCUAUGCAUUGCUGGGAUUGUACUGCGUCGCACAAACCGUAAUGGAGACCUUGGAGUUCUAGUGUACAUAGGAUGCCUAGCAUCUUGCGUUUGCGGUGUACUUCUUGGCGUCCAGUGCUGCGUCAGACGCGAAAUCAGACAGAGGAAACUGCGUGCCAAUAUGCAUAUACCAAUGCAACCUAUUACGGAGGCUUCUGCUCUAGCUUGCCCAUUCCUCACGUCCACACUACCUCAUAGUCAAAUAUACAGGCCCACGAGUAUUUGUCCUGAUGAAGAGGUGACAGGUGUCCCGUGGUGGCGCCGAACUCAGACUGAUUAGUUUUAAGUUAUCAUAUAAGGUGUAUUUUAUUUCUAUAAGGAUACAAACUAUAACACAA